AUGGCUUCUGAACGAAUCUGUUUGAUUACUUUGGUUUUGUUCUACGCUCACUUUACAAACGUUCAAUCGGCAACAUCGAAUUCGCUUUCGGAUUGUCAAGCGGUUGCAUCAUCAUUUCGUACAACAAUCAAUUACACGGCAUCGAAUAUAACAGCAACAACUGGUGUCAAUGUGACAUGUUCACAAUCAGGCUUGGUUUGCCCGGGUCAAACGAUCAAUGGCGUUUGUGUUUGGCAACGAAAACUAAGUGCGGUUUGUCGAAAUGCAAGUGGAACUAUUAAGAUUCGUAUUCAAACAAAUGGUCUACCACCACGUUGUGCCGAUGUUCCUUCCGGAACAUUCGCUGAAUUAAAUGUCGAUUUCGAAGUGAAUUUCAAUCCAAGUGUCAGUAUUAAUUCCUUGAAUCAAAAUUUCUCGAGCAUAUCGACACUUUCACAAACAAUUUGUACCUUAACAAGUGUAUCAACCGUUCCCUCAGCUUCUGGUUUUGUUAGUUACGGUGCAACCCUUUUAUCAACGGCAAGCGGUGUGUCAGUCGAUGGAGUGAUGAUAUUCAGUCCAGAUUCAGCUAAUAAUAUUGAUCCAUUCUAUCCACCCGCCGGUGGAACUGCUGAAUCAGUUGAUGCUUGUCUCGCGCACUGUCAAGUAUCUGGAGUUUAUCAUUAUCAUAUUGCAACUGGCUGUCAAGUUAAUCCACCAACUGGAAACGUUUCAUCAUGUGCAAGUACUUCGGCAUGUAGUUCAAGUGUUUCAAGUUACUCGAUUUCAUCAUUUUCAAGUUAUCAAACUAAAACAGUCAUUGGUCUGGCAAAAGAUGGACACGUUAUUUACGGACCCUAUUUAUCUUCGGGCACACGUGUUACAUCAGGUUUUGAUGCUUGUAACGGAAUGUUUUAUGAUUCAAACGGAAAUUACGCCUAUUUUGCAACAUCAACUUAUCCGUAUCUUGUUGGUUGCUUUGGCCCUGCAAACUAUCCUUCAUUCGGUCCAAAUUGUACUACCAAUGGCCCAUCAAACUAUACAAUGUCAUCCUAUGCACUAGCAUUGCUGAGUAACUCGACGAAUUCAAGCACGACAGUCUCCUCAUCAAACUCGACUACAACAAUGUCCUCAUCGAAUUCGACUACAACAAUGUCCUCAUCAAACUCGACUACAACAGUCUCCUCUUCGAAUUCAACUACAACAAUGUCCUCAUCAAACUCGACUACAACAGCGUCCUCAUCAAAUUCGACGACUACGACUACUCGACGAUCAUCUUCUAUAGCUAUUCACUUCAACCUUAACAUUUUUCUUCUUUUAUUUACACUCAUCGUGAUGCUAUAA